UUGAUCGCACAGGGAAGGGUUCCGCUCGUCAAAUGUGAAGAAGAAAUUGUCAAAGGAAAGCGUGGACCCGGGGAAGGAGACAUUCUCGUUACUCUCCUCUCUGCCUCCGUGGCAGAUUACAUAACAUCCUCCUCUCUGUUCUCACUUUCUCGCCCCCGAGAAUUGAUCCACCGCCAUAACAAGAACCUCGUUCGCAACGAGCCAGCGUUUCGAUACUCUUUUCUCGUCAUCUAGCUAAGUGGGUGCAGGGAUCGAGAGGCGUAAUUCGCACAAAAGGGUCCCCAAAAAACAUGGCUUUGUCUGCCUCCAGCCACGACCGUCAUAACUGAAUUCCUUCCGGUGGGGUUGAAUCAAAAUGACGGCGGAGGGUGGUAGCAAUCCGAGCAAGGACGAACAAUGGCCGGCGUCGACAAAGAGCCAUCUUGGGGAGAAGCAGGAAGGCUUGAAGCUUUACGGCAUCUUCGUGUUCGGUUUGAUCGGCUCCCUCGUCACCACAUUCGCGGUUUUACAGUUGCGGAGAAAUGUCGAUUGGUUCCAUUCUCAGAUACCCAAGUCACAAGCAUCAGGAAAAAAAUUCCGUUCAGCUUUUCAGGAGGAAGCAUGGAGGAGGUAUAAUCAGCGACUUGAGGAGGCCUAUGAAGAGGAAAUGGAACGAGUGGAGCGUAUAAGGCGUAUGCAAAGAAUCUUUAACAGAGAGAGGACCAAAUUUAGGAGGAGUUAUGAGAGAUGGAGUCAAAAUGAUCCUGGUGCAUACAAUUACCAUUUCCAGCAGGAUGAUUGGUAUUGGAAGGCUCACACGUUCUAUGGAGAUCAUUGGACCAAUUACAAGGAAACGUCAAGGGAUAGAUCAACUUACCCGUUAUCACACCACUAUUCAGUUUUAGGUCUUGACAGGUCCCGAAGAACACCAUACACUGAAGCAGAGAUCAAGACAGCAUUCAGGGCCAAGGCGAAGGAGUUCCACCCAGAUCAGAACCAGAAUGAUAAAGAAGUCGCAGAGGCAAAGUUCAAAGAAGUCAUGACGUCCUACGAAGCUAUAAAACAAGAACGAAGGAACAAGAUGUAAUGAACCACGAGUUCGCACGACUAUCGCAUUUUGUGGACAUGCAUGGCUUUCGGCCACGGAGGUGUCCACUCUUGUAAAGAAUAACAUGGCAGUGGUCGAAACAGUUGGGCCUCAAGAUUGCUGUUCUUGAAUAUCUUUGUAAUUACACAUUGUAUUGAAAUGAUGCUAUCAACUAAUGAGCUGUAUCAUUAUGGAAAAAAUGCAGUGAGCAUGGCUGAGUUCAGACCUUACA